CUCUAUCUCAUUCUCUUUUACUCAUUCUUCAUCCAAAAAUUUAAAAACUUAUAUCUAUGAAGAUACUAAAUGUUUUCUUGAUUCUUGUUCUUGUAAUGGCUCUACUUCUUUCUGUUGCUUCAUUACCACUCGAACAAGAACAAGAACAAGAUCAAGAUAACGACUUAACUGAACAAUCGUCUGAUGAAGAUAUCGAUAACGACUUGACUGAGCAAUCUUCGGAUGAAGAAUUUAGUUCCGAACAUGUUUCCGGUCGCAUUCUUGCUCAAAAGAAAAUUAAAAAAACUCGUCGUAUGAGAUGCAACAAGUUCCCUAGGGUUUGCCAUGCAAAGGGAAGCCCAGGGCCUCAUUGCUGCAAGAAGAAGUGCGUAAAUGUGUUGAAUGAUCGGAUGAACUGUGGAGCAUGUGGGAAGAAGUGCAAAUACAAUCAGAGUUGUUGUAAUGGAAAAUGUGUUAAUCCAUUUUUCAGCAGGAAUCAUUGCGGAGGCUGCAACAAUAAGUGUAACAAAGGACAAUUUUGUGUUUUUGGACUCUGCAAUUAUGCUAAUUAGAACUUAAGUGUGGUCAUGCUGAAUAUUGAGUAUUGUUAUUGUGCUUUUGGAUUCUUUAUUCAAAUUCUUUUGUAUGUAGUAGAAGCUUAUGCAAAUUUAAGCCAAUUGAGUAUACAAUUGUAUUUUCGAUGAUAAUGAGUAUACAAUUUUUAU